ACCAAACACAUAGAUAAGCAAAAACUUCUUUAGCAAAAGUUCAGUCAGUCAAUACCUCCGUCGGCACCACCAAAAAAAAGGAAAAUGGAGAAAAUAGAGCACAAAUUGAUUCCCGUCAACGGCCUGCAGAUGCACGUGGCGGAGCUCGGCGAGGGGCCGCUAGUCCUCUUCAUCCACGGCUUCCCGGAGCUCUGGUACUCCUGGCGCCACCAGAUGACGUUCGUGGCGGCGCGCGGUUACCACGCGGUGGCGCCGGAUAUGAGAGGCUACGGCGAAACCACUGGCGCGCCGCUGGAUGACCCGUCGAAAUUCACCAUCAUGCACCUGGUGGGCGACCUAAUCGCGCUGCUGAACGCGGUGGCGCCGAAUGAAGAGAAGGUGUUUGUUGUUGGGCAUGACUGGGGCGCCAACGUGGCUUGGCAUCUCGCUAUGUACAGGCCUGAUAGAGUCAGGGCUUUGGUCAAUCUCAGCAUGCCUUUUACUCCCAGGAAUCCUGCGAUGAAUGCGGUUGAGUCGUAUCAGAAAUUGUUUGGCGAUGAUCACUAUAUUUGCAGGUUUCAGGAACCCGGUGAUAUAGAAGCUGAGUUUAUGAAGGUUGGCACCAAGGAGGUUCUCAAGAACAUGCUUUCAUUCCGUGAGCCUGCUCCCCUGUUCUUCCCUAAGGGCAAAGGAUUUACCUACUCCACUGAUAGAGCACCUUGGUUGACGGAGCAUGAUCUUCAAUAUUAUGUUAGCAGAUUCGAGAACAGUGGCUUCACCGGAGGAGUGAAUUACUAUCGUGCGCUUCCUUUAAACUGGGAACUGAACGCCCCCUGGUCAGGAGCUGGAGUAACAGUGCCAACGAAGUUCAUUACCGGGGAAUUCGACCUUGUUUAUCAUAUCCCUGGGACCAAAGAUUUCAUACACGGAGGUGGAUUCAAGAAAUUCGUGCCGUUGUUGGAGGACGUGGUCGUUCUUGAAGGUGCUGCUCACUUUGUCAAUCAAGAAAGGCCAGACGAGAUCAAUGAACUUAUAUAUGCUUUUAUAAAGCAGUUCUAAUCACUGGAAUCGCAUUAGACUAGGCUUCAAGCUUAUGUAUACAACUUCGACUUCUUCUUCUUCCCCUAAUAAAUGUAUGAGUAAUGUAGCUUGACAUAUGUUGUUCAAAAGAGUUGAUGAAUUUGGUUGGUA